AUGACACGCUUCGUCUGUCCCACAUCGUCCACCGUGAGCAUCAUAGAGGAGAGGCCUCAACCGACCGCAUCGACUAGCAAGCCGGCGCGUAAUGUUUAUCAGGUGUGUGUCUGUGGCAUUCAUGCCGUACGUUCUGCUCAGAUCAGUCGCAGCGUGGCCGCUUUGUCUGCCCAGGAUCUACCAUUAUUGAAGAGGCCCCCCAACCCCAACCAGUGGCACCGACCAGUAGAGCUGUGCCAGUCAAACCUGUGGAAGCGCGUUAUUUUCAACACUGACAAAGGCAAGGGCAAGGCACUCAAGCCCAAUCAACGAGCAAACAAGAAGGAGCACAUUAUCGAUGCCCGGAGGAAGGAUCAGUUGCGACACAAACUUGCACUCGAUCGCAACCCUACCAAUUAUGUAUUUGUGGGCAAUUUGGAUUACAGGUUGACUGAAGCCGAUCUGCGCCUUGGUUUUGCGGAAUGCGGACACAUAACUCGAGUAAUUUUCCGCUGCAGUCAAGGACGACUUCACCCACCAACAAACAAGGAUUCGAAGCGCGACUCUGCUUCCACACGCGACCGAAUGUACGCCACAGUCGAAUUCAGACAUUUCCAGUCCGUCAAGAAGGCCCUCCAAUGCAAUGGAAUGAUUAUUCCAGGGCAGCAGGCCCCUAUAAAGGUCUGCGCUUCUGCCGCAGAUCUCCCGGAAGUAAACGAGAUUGCCAACUAUUACAUCAGGAAGAUGAAGAACGAUUCAACCCCCACGCCCGCCAACCGCUGGUUCAACAUGGCCUCCAAGAAUUUGGAAAGCAUUGAACCGCGUGAUUAA